ACACCCAUAGGAAGUGGCUUCUCCAACACGUCCGCCGCCUCUCCCUUUGCCGCUAUGGCCUCCAAGCCUCCAACCUCGAAACCCGCCGACACCCCCACUACUUCUGACGACAAGUUCAAAGCCUCCGCUUUCGGCAGCUUCUCCACCUCGACAGCUUCUCCCUUUGGCGGGCUUGCGAGCCUCGCCCCCGCUUCGCCCUUCUCCGCAGCGAGCGGUUCCAAGCUGUCCUCCUUUGCCGGAUCUGCUGCUCCAGCACCAGCUACUGGAGGCGGAUUCGGCGCUCUCGGCGGCUCGACCAAGUCAGCGUUCGGUGGAAGCUCGUUUGGCUCUUCAUUAGGAGGUGGCUUCUCAAGUCUAGGCAGUGGCAAGCCAUCCUGGGGGACGACGACUGGCUCAUUGAGUAUCACAGGUCUCGACACCAAGGCGGAGAGAGCCUUUGGCGCGCCUGGUGACAAGACCGCGGACAACGAAGAUUCCGACGACGACAACGAGGACGACGAUGAAGCGGAAAAGGAUAUUACGGACGAGGAGCGCCGUUCAAGCAGCCAUCUCCUCUCGCAACGUAAGCCAUCGCCUGCAACCACGCAUAUCUCAACUAACACCCCCACAGCCACCGAAACCGGCGAAGAAGGCGAAAACACCGUCUGGGCCGGCCGCGCAAAGCUCUACACCAUGGACGGCAAAGGCACAGAACGAUCGUGGAAAGAGCGCGGCGCCGGAACCUUCAAGUUCAACAUCACCAUCGACGAGCCGAAGAAAGCCCGCUUCGUCCUGCGCGCAGACGGGACCCACCGCUUGCUGCUAAACGCCGCUGUCACCCCGCAGAUGGUAUUCGGCGGCGAUUCCCACGGCGCGAAGCCAAAGGAUGUGCGGUUGCUGUUCAAUUCGCCCACGGCUGAUGGCGAGCUGGAAAUGCACUUGCUCAAGGUAUGUUGUGAGGGUGGCAGUUAUCGCGAUGGAAAUACUAACCCCAUGCCAGAUGAAGGCGGAAAACGCAGUCAGGCUCUGGGAGGUCGUUACUCGUGUUCAGGACACGGAGUUGUAGGCCCCUCCUCGUCCUCGAUACGGCUGUGUUCGCGCUGUUUCCCUGCCUUGUGGCCCGUUGACGCAGGUACGCCGCGUCCGCCAACGUCGGUGAAUGGAGCGUCAUGGGUUGUCAUGGGCUGGGGUUUCCUCAUUUCUCACACCCCCCGGGCUGCGCUUCUCGCAUCUGCUUCUUGGUACGCGGCGUUUGGUCGGUCUAGAUGGGUUUCUGACUGGGAAUGACACGCAGCUUUGAUGAUCAAAAUAUCACGUUGGGGUUGGGUUUCGGUUUGGUACGAGGGGAUUCAUUGCAUUAUCGGCUGGGAUUGGGGGUCUGUAGGUAGGUGUCUCGGUCGUUGCAUUGUGGAUACACGUGGUGUUUGGCGUGUGGCGUGGAGUUGAGUUGAGGAGUGUGAGUGAGAGGGAGAGAAAUUAUUACGUGCUCUGUUUGGA